AUGUCAAAGGAAUCAACACCAGUGAAGAACAGAACAGCGAUCGAAACUAUACGCUUUGUGAAGGCCAUGACCACGUACAUGAUCCAGUGUGAUUCUGCGACCCAUUACAGUUGUGCUGACAAUGUGCUCUCGACUGCUCCGGCUGAAACCUCCGGCAAUGGCUUUGGAUAUGAACUUAUUCAGUCCAAGCUGGAUUUGUUGGAUUAUCGUUUUUCAGAACUAUUUGUUCAUCUGAAAGAGCAAGGUGAAGGGUUUUUGAACAACCAACGAAGUAUUGAGGCCGAACAGCGUCAGCUGAAUCUAAUCGUCGACCGUCAUGAGCGUAAAAUCGUCAACCUAGUGGAAGGCAUGGAGGAUGCUUUCGGAGCGAACGUUAGUCUAAUUACGGAUCAAUCGCGUCAGAUUUUGGAACUGCAAACUUUCUGCUCCAAUCACGAUCACAUUCAGAAUGAACUGUUGAAGCUAAGGCCCAAGAUUGCUUUAGGGAUACCGGAUUGUUCGGAAAAACUGAGAUCGAGAUCGGAGGUGUGUCGUAUGUCAAUUGCAGAACAGAAAACGACUGUCUACAUGGACCAACAUCGUUUUGGAGGGCAUUGGCUGGUUGUGCUGCAGAGAUUCGAUGGGUCGGAGGAUUUUCAUAGGAACUGGUCUGAUUAUCGGAACGGAUUUGGAACAGUUGGCCAAGAGUUUUGGUUGGGACUAGAACGAUUGCAUCAGUUGACGAAAAACACGGCGUAUGAGGUGCUGAUGGAAAUGGAAGAUUUCGCAGAAAAUUAUCGGUACGCUCGAUAUACUAAGUUCGCAAUUGGACCGGAGGCAAACCAUUAUUCGGUGGAUGAGCUCGGCACAUACAGUGGAACGGCAGGUGAUUCAUUUACGGCGCACAAGUUGAGUAAAUUCACGGCUCUAGAUAACGGCCCCAGGAAUGAAUGCAAUAAACCCUACACCGGAGGUUGGUGGUACUUUGAAGGACGAUGUUACGACACUCACCUCACUGGCAAAUGGGAUAAAACCGAUGGAUGGACUUCGAUCGUUUGGAAAAGUUUUGGAUCACCAGCACAUACUGCCUUGAGAUAUGCACGAAUGAUGAUUCGAAAAGUUUGA